AUGUCAAAACUGUACAAGGCGCAGACGCAGCAGGGCCACUCGCGGGGUUUCUUUGAGUACAUUCGCAGCGUGGGGGAGUCCAAGUCCAAACAAGAGGAGGACAAGAUCGUCCUGCGUGACCUUGCUGACCUUAAAAAGACUCUGUCAUCAAGUAACAUUGACAAGCGACUGCUGAAGGAGUAUGUUGUGCGCACCUUUUAUGCAGAGAUGUUGGGCGUGUCUGCGGAGUUUGCCCACAUCCAUUGCGUGAAUCUGUCCUCAAGCCCUGACCUCCUUUUUAAGCGGACCGGUUAUCUCGGCACGUGGCUGACGGUGGGGCCCGAGCACGAGCUUAUGUAUCUCAUUGUAUCCAAUCUGCGGCGUGACAUGAAAUCCCGCGCCUUUCUUGACAUCGCAGCCGCACUAACGGCAGCCUCGAAGUUGGUGCGCCCUGAAUUGAUGAGUGCCAUCAACACUGAGGUAGUGGGGCUGCUGAGUCACCCCAACGCACUGGUGCGAAAAAAGGCAGUAUUUGCAAUGCAGGCCUUCUACAGAAAGUCCGAGGGCGUUAUUGGAGAUAUAAACCUCUUUCGUCAGGCAUUAUGCGAUCGUGACCCAUCCGUCAUGGGGGCGGCACUUCGUCUUUUUGCGGACGUCAUUUACGCCGACCCGACCUCGCAACGUGAUCUUAUUCCAACCUUCUUGUCUAUUCUUCAACAGAUUGGCGAACGCCGGCUGCCUCGGGAGUACGACUAUCAUCGCAUUCCCGCUCCAUGGUUUCAGACGAAAAUUUUGCAGAUACUUGCAAUGCUUAUUGGUGACAACUUAUCCCUUGCUUAUAAGUGUGAAAAGGCGUUGGCAGAAGUUAUAACACGAGCUGACAAUGAACUUAAUAUUGGCUAUGCCGUAAUGUGUGAAGCCAUUCGUGUUAUUACUUGCAUUCCCACCAUUCCAGCUCUUGUGGAGCUUGCGGCAGAGGCCAUUGCAAAAUUUCUUUCCAGAAAGAACGCUAAUCUGCGCUAUGUAGGUAUUCAGGCGCUUGCACAAAUUGUCCGAGUUGACCCAAAAUACGCUCGUGAGCAUCAGCAGGUUGUUAUGGCGUGCCUCGAAGAUGUUGAUGAUACAAUACGUCGAAAAACCAUGAUGCUGCUCCUCGCAAUGUGUAAUGAGGACAACGUAGACACCAUUAUAACACGACUUGUGAGGUCGCUCUCGCAGACAACAGACGAGUAUGUUAAGCAAGACUUCACACGCCGCAUAUGCGAUGCGGUGGAUCGAUUUAGUCUCGAGGCGGUGUGGUACAUUGAGACAAUGAAUAAAGUACUACUGUGUGCCGCCGAGCACGUUCCUCAGACCACCAUUCAGGGAAUUUUGAAACUUGUUGUGGAAGGUGAGGGUGACGAUGGGAUAAAGGAUGCCGCAUUUCGUACAUUUUGUGUUGAAACCUACUUUAACCUUCUUGAGGGAUCACAGAAGAAGUUACCGGAGGCCGUCUGUCGCAUUGCCGCAUGGGUGAUGGGCGAGUAUGGGUUUCUAACAAAGCGAAUAAGCCGCACCAUGUUAUUGGAUCGACUUUGCGAUAUGUUAGAAAGGGCCGAGAGUGCUGACACACGGGGAUGGAUCAUUAUGGCCAUGAUGAAAAUUGUAGCUAACACCGGUGUCAUGCCUGAUAACGUUGAGGAUCUUAUUACACGUUUUAAGGACAGUCGCAGCGUGGCGAUACAGCAACGGUGCUACGAAUUCAGUGAGCUUGUGAAAGUUCCAGUGCUUAUGAAGAAGUUACUGCCGCUGGACGGCUGCUGCGAAGAAAUUGAUGUGGAUGAGUCCAUGGGGUUUCUCGAUGGCAUUGUGCAGGAGGCCUUGUUGGCCGGCGCCAAGCCAUACGAAAAGCGGACAGUACGCCUCGGAGUCAAGGAGGAGGAAGUACUCCAUACUGACGCCUACAAGGAUUUGCGCACAGAUGUCGUGGAUGAGAUUGAGCUCGAUCUGGGGAACCUCAAGAUGGAGGAGCCGCACAAACUUGUCAUUCAGUCAACUGUAAAGCGCUGGGGGCUAAAAAAUCUUGAGGAGGACGCCAUGUCGCUGGAGGAGCACCCAGCUGGGAGCCCCAAGGUGUCAGCAGCAGUUGCAUCUGUGGAUAAUUUUCCUGACGGAACUAUUCUGCAUCACGUGGAUCCGUUUGCACAGUCGCCAUCGCCGUCAUCAUCGCAGUCCCCGCUUCCAACACGUGAAAGCUUGAAGACAAGCAAAAAUGAAAAGUUUUUAAAUGACAUUUUUAGCGGUGGCGCAAAAAAGAAAUUAGCUGUGCGGCGUCAGAAAGAGUUGGUGGAGCCCAUGAUGCACGCUGCGAACUCUUCUGAAGUUCAUACUGCUGGCCCCAUACUUUCCAUUUAUAUAGGGUACAUAAGAGAGUCGGAGGCAACAGGAGUUCUGCUGCGAAUUACCGCGAAAGCGGAAGUGGAGAAUGCUAUAAUUUCCAUGAAGGCUCCCACAAACUGCGCGCUUCGCACGAUAUCAUGCCCUGCGGCAUCCACAAUGGAUGGAACGACAAUUUCGUUAGCCCAAUUGGCGGCAGGUCAACCAGUUGAAUUAGAAAUGCAACUUGUGCCUGUUGGAUUUCCGAGGGAGGGUUGUGUACGCGUAGAUGUCACGUAUCAUAGUGCCGUUUCAGGCUACCCGCAAUGUGUCUCGGCGUCAAGAGAGUUAGAUGCGAAGGACAUCCUUCGUCCACCAGCGCCGAUGACAACACCGGAGUUUGGGAAGAUGUGGGUGGGUCUCAGCGAGGAGUGUAAGGUGCAGAUGUGUUCUGUCAUUCCUUUGACACCGCAAUCGCUGCAACAACUGCUGAUGGAGCGAGCAUCGCUGCGUGUGGUGGAGGUGAUCCGCAGUGAAAUCAUUGCAGCAGCCGAGGUGGUCAGCACACGGAAGUCACUCUUGUGCCACGUUGAUGUUGUGGCUUCCAACACUGCCAAUGUGACAGUGCGGGCAGACGACAAGGACUUCGCAGCUUACGUGGCGCACGCCAUAUCCUCCUCAUAG